AAACAACAAAAUGGACGUGAUAAAGUUUCAAUGUUUACAUAUGUGUGUGCAUUUUUUAAGCACUUUUUUAUAGUUACUUACGUACAAAAAUGAUUAGCGUAGAUGAUUUGAGAAAAAAUAAAUCGGAUUUAAAUGAUACGGAUGCAGAUUCAUUCAGCCUAUCACAUUUAAAAUUUUGUCAGACACAACUACAUACGUAGCCGAAACCUGGUCGAUUUCCAAAUUUCAGUAAGCAGCGACACUUCCAUUCAGGCGGAAUUUUUUGAAUCCCUACCAAAUGCAUCGAAACAUUAUCAGUCAAAAAAUUUGAAUCCUAAUUCAGAAGAUGCAUUCUUAGCAAAUAAUUCCAAUGCUCAAGAACCAACAGCAGAAUUCAACACUCUUGCAUCAAGUAUUAAUCCCAAAUCUGCAAUGAGCGGCGAUGGUAUAUUAAAUAUAUCGGAUGUGGCCGAGUUAUUGCAUUCCCAGUAUGUUAUUAUCACUGGAGGACGGUCCAUCGAUGGCUGCCCUUUGAUUAUAUUCCCGGACAAUAAUAAUUUUCAUUUUUUGGAAGAAGAAGAUUAUCAAAAGUUAAUUUUGUAUAUUACAUCAGUGCCAUCAUUACAGGAUGCUGAUCUUGGCUUCCAUUUAAUUGUGGAUCGACGAAAAGACAGAUGGACUUCCGUUAAGACAGUUUUGCAGAGAAUUUCGGUCUAUUUUCCAGGAAUUAUUCAUGUGGUUUAUGUACUUCGACCUAGUGGUUUGUUCCAAAAAGCUAUAUCAGAAGUAAGCUCAAAAUUUUCCAACGACGAGUAUAGAUUCGAACUUGUUAUUUGCUCCGCGCUUUCUGAUCUUCAUGAAUGUGUCAACGUGAAACAGUUAACUCCAGACAUGGGAGGCGUUUUAUUAUAUUCACAUCAUGAGUGGAUCCAACAACGAAUUUCCCUGGAAAAGUUUUCAUCCAUUACUCAUCAUGUCUCCGCAGAACUGGAUAUAUUUAUAAAAACUAUACAUGAUACCGAGUUUCCCAACUCGGUAAAAGCUACGCAAUUUUUAAUUGAAUCUCAAGGCAACGACUAUAAUCGCUUGAAGGAGGAGAUACUAAUAGCAGCUAAACAUGGAGAAUCGCUUUUGGACAAUAUUAAAAUGAUCGAGGAAUUUAAAGAGUUUUCAGAGCGCACCGGUAACGUUAGUGCCAUCCAAAGACUUCUCGUUCAACUGGAGGAAACGGAACGACGAUUUGAUGAGUUCUGGCAUACUCAUCAUAGCCGGUUACAGCAAUGUUUGCAUUUGCGCUUGUUUGAGCAAGAUUUUCGUGAACUUCAGAAUAUAUUUGAUGGGCAUUUAAAAAUAAUUUCCAAUUUGACUGAGGUUGGUGAAAACACAGAACGUAUAUCCAUACUGAUUCAAGAAACUAAAGAACUUCGUGAAGUUACUCGGAUUAAUAUAGAACGAGCAGAUAAAGUUUUAGCAGUUGGUCAGGAGCUGAUUGGAUCACGAAGACUGUAUCCUUGGGAGGUUGUGCAGCCAAAAUGCGACGAGCUUAAACGAGUUUGCGAUUUGAUUGAUUCGCAACUUAGCCAAAGAAUAGAUACUCUUAUAAAAAAUAGAGUUCUUAUGGAAAGAGUCGAAAAGGCUAAUGAAUGGUGUGCCAAUGGCGUGGAGUUAUUAGCCUCACAACGAAUUGAAAAAUGCUCAGCUUUUACUGAUCUUGAAAAGCUUCAAGAUUUUAUUGCUUCUGCAUCGGAAUUCAAAUUGUCUAGUCCAAGUGAAUUCAAAAAAAUAAUUUUAGAAAGCACAACUCCGGAGACAAAAGCAUUAGUAUCACAGGUUCUGCAGCGUAUUGAUGACGUUUCAUUAAUGUGUGAUAAGCGCAUCGCCAGUCUAAAACAAUUGACUUUAAAACCACAAAGACCUGUUCAGCAAGUUACUCCGAAACCAGCUGUACCAUUACAACCCCAAGGAGGAGCUCCUAGUUUUGUGCGUCGUAAAUCCAACAAGAUUAAUGACGACAUAAAGACUAGACCUAAAUCUUCCGAAUGUGAAGAUAUUAUAUCGAUGUUACCGAACGUAAACCAUGGGGAAGUGCAAAUGAAAAACAAACAGGAUUGUGAGGCUCGUCGUCUUAAGCGAGGACACGUAUUAACGGAACUUUUGGAGACGGAGAAGAUCUAUGUAAACGAAAUAAGUUCAAUUUUAACGGGUUAUUGCGACCAGCUGACAUCCGAUGAGUUCAUGCAUCUUGCACCUGUAAAUCUUCUUGGAAAAGAAGACAUACUUUUUGGUAACUUAAAUGAAUUGUAUUCAUUUCACAACGAAGUUUUUCUAAAGGACCUUGAAAACUGCAUUUCAACCACUGAACUGGUAGCCCUUUGUUUUGUUCAAAGACGGGAUACUUUUUACCGACUCUACUCAUAUUAUUGUCAAAACAUUCCGAAAUCAGAACAUUUGCGUGAAACUCUGGUGGACCCGCAUUUUUUCAUGCUAGGUUGCCAGAAACGGCUGGGUCAUAAACUUCCACUUGCUGCAUAUUUACUUAAGCCUGUACAAAGGAUUACCAAAUACCAAUUACUUUUAAAGGACUUACUUCGCUAUAGCGACAGUGGUAACUGUACUAAGGAACUUCAAAAGGCACUUGACUGUAUGUUAAUAGUUCUAAAGUGUGUUAACGACUCUAUGCACCAAGUAGCUAUUACAGGAUAUCCGACUAAUUUGGCUGAACAAGGUGAACUCUUAAUGCAAGACGCGUUUCAAGUGUGGACAGAAUCGAAAAAAGACAUUCGCAUUCGGAUCAAGCCGCGUCAACGGCAUAUUUUUCUUUAUCAAAAAUCGUUGCUUUUUUGCAAACAAUUAACAAAACCGGGUCACAACAAAAGUACUUACCAAUUUAAACAUCAUAUUAAGAUGUCUGAAGUUGGCUUAACAGAGUCUGUACGUGGUGAUACGAAACGUUUUGAAGUUUGGCUUAAAGGACGUCAAGAAGUACACAUAUUACAAGCGCCAUCGAUCGAUGUUAAAAUCAAAUGGGUUGCAGAAAUCAAACGGGUCUUGUUUAAUCAACUCGAAGAACUAAAAGGAGAAAAAAUCAAGCAAUAUAAUUUUAGUCAUCGGGACUUUAUGAAAACCACAACUUGGGAUGCAGCCAAUGUUAAUCUUGGCCCAAUAAAUCACAUAAGCUUAGACGAAUGUUUAGAAUCAUGCAGCCGAAACAAAAAUUACAGUAUUGAUACUGAAAAAGUGAGAAAUACUAGUAAAAACGAGAAGGACAAUCCGGAAAAAGGCGGUUGGAGCUCGGACUACUCAAAUAGUGACGACGAAUAUUCAUUUGACGAAUGUACCUCAUUGGGAGGUAAAUUUAUUUCUCUUGCGGAUUAUACAGCUGCGGGACAUUCUGAAGUUUCGAUGAAUGAAGGCGAUACAAUAGAACUUUUAAAAACCGGAUGCGCUGGCUGGUGGUAUGUGCGAGUUUCAGAAAAUGCUGAAGGCUGGGUCCCGGCUGCAUACUUGGAAUCUAUAAACCGAAAGUCGUCAAAGCUUUUAAGUGGAAACUAGCAGUGAAUAAUUUAAUAUUAACUUGUUGCAAUUACUUCUCUCAAACGAAAUUUUAUUUAUUGUCAUAUAAAUGCAUACAAAAACUACCCUUUUCCGCAACGUCUAAUGUAAAUGUAUAAUAAAAGAGGAUUCGGAUUGUCAAAUUGCUUUUUCCUUUUCGUGCUAGACGGCGAAUAAAUAUAGUAUGAUUAAUGAAUUUUAUUAUAAAAUAGUUUUAAAUUAGUUUUAACUAGAUGAGUAGAAAGCCAAAAAUUUAUCGUCUUACUGUAAACCUAAUUUAAAACUUAAUUUAAAACAUAAAUAAACAAAUUUAAUAUUAAA